AUGGCUAAGGUAAAGUCGAAGAACAUAAUCUCCAACACAUUUGAAAAUAAGAUAUCUGAUCUUAUUUACAGAUUGUUGGACGAAAAAACACUCGAAAGAAAGAGGGGGAACGAUAUUGCAAGUAAUGCCGAUUUAGACAAUGAAGAUAUGACCCAGGAUGACGUUUUCUUUGCCAAGGACUUAUCUGCAGCUGAGAUUUAUACAUAUUGUUUAACAAAGGAUUUAUCUUUACAAAGAGUCAAGAAAUUCUUGUUACAAAAAACUAUCGAAAAAUGUUUAAAACAGAUCAUCGAAGAAGAAGCAUUGGAAUUUGGGUUUACACAAGAAGAGGAAACGGAAGAGAGUAUAGAAGGUACUCCACUACUGGAUCCUGCUCAAAAUUUAAUGGCUAAUCAAGAUACUAAUGAUAUGAAUAAGAGUAUCACUAGUCAAUGGAAUGUCGACUCACCAUCCUCUGAUAAAAAGAGACCUAAUGAUAAAAGCGCACUGACAAAGAGACCCAAGAAAAAGUCCAAGCCUGAUAGAACACCGCCUUCAAUAACUUUGAAAUCUUUAGGCGGUAUGGACGACGUUGUCGCUCAAUUAAUGGAAUUGAUCGGUCUGCCUAUCUUACAUCCUGAAAUUUAUGCUGCCACAGGCAUCGAACCACCUCGUGGUGUCCUACUACAUGGUCCACCGGGUUGCGGUAAGACUACCAUUGCAAAUGCUCUUGCGGGUGAAUUAAAUGUGCCCUUUAUAAACAUAUCAGCACCUUCUAUCGUUAGUGGUAUGUCUGGUGAGAGUGAAAAAAAGUUGAGAGACGUAUUUCAGGAAGCCAAAAGCAUUGCACCAUGUCUAAUAUUUUUUGAUGAAAUUGAUGCUAUUACUCCAAAGAGAGAUGGUGGAGCUCAAAGAGAAAUGGAAAAAAGAAUUGUCGCACAACUAUUAACCUCCAUGGACGAAUUGACCAUGGAACAUACUGAUGGUAAACCUGUUAUUGUCAUUGGUGCAACUAAUAGACCUGAUGCCCUGGAUUCUGCCUUAAGAAGAGCCGGCAGAUUUGACAGGGAAAUUUGUCUCAAUGUGCCAAAUGAAAUUUCCAGACUGCAUAUUUUGAAAAAGAUGGCCUCCAAUUUAAAAAUUGAUGGGACCAUCGAUUUUAGUAAACUGGCUAAGUUGACUCCGGGUUUUGUUGGUGCUGAUCUAAAAGCUCUAACGACAGCUGCAGGUACUUGUGCCAUAAAACGUAUUUUUCAAUCAUAUGGUGAUAUGGAAGAUAUGGAUGUCGAUACCGAUUUGAAAAACACUGCUAACUUGAUUGACCCACUACCUCUUUCUAUAAUCCAAAAAUUCAUAAAUAAUUUCCCAGAUCCAUUGAACAAUGAACAACUUAAUGACCUAUCAAUCAAGUAUGAUGACUUUUUGAAAGCUCUUCCUACUAUACAGCCGACUGCAAAGAGAGAAGGUUUUGCUACCGUACCUGAUGUUUCUUGGUCAAGCGUUGGUGCUUUGCAGAAAAUAAGGCUGGAAUUAAAUAUGGCAAUUGUUCAACCAAUCAAGAGACCAGAAUUAUACGAAAAGGUAGGUAUAAAUGCGCCAGCAGGUGUACUUCUUUGGGGCCCACCUGGUUGUGGUAAAACCUUGUUAGCUAAAGCCGUAGCAAAUGAAUCUCGUGCAAAUUUCAUAUCCAUCAAAGGUCCUGAACUAUUGAAUAAAUAUGUGGGUGAAUCUGAAAGGGCUAUCAGACAAGUUUUUGCGAGAGCUAGGGCAUCCAUACCGUGCAUAAUCUUUUUUGAUGAAUUGGAUGCUCUUGUUCCAAGAAGAGAUACCUCCUUAUCUGAAUCCUCUUCCAGAGUGGUAAAUACUUUACUUACUGAAUUGGAUGGAUUAAAUGACAGACGUGGUAUUUUCGUUGUUGGCGCAACGAAUAGACCUGAUAUGAUUGAUCCAGCAAUGUUAAGACCAGGUAGACUGGAUAAAACCCUAUUCAUUGAAUUGCCAAACGCAGAAGAAAAACUAGAUAUUUUCAAAACACUAAUAAGAUCAAAUGGUACCCCUAUUGCUAAUGAUGUUGAUUUGGCUAAGAUUAUAGAAGACGAUCGUAGUAAAAAUUAUUCCGGUGCAGAUUUAGCUGCAUUGGUUAGAGAAAGUUCCAUCUUGGCUUUGAAAAGAUCAUUCUAUAAGGAUGAUGUGAUUUUUUCAGUAAAUGACAAUAAUUUAGACAAGGAAUUUGAAGAUUUGAGUGUUGGUAUAUCGGAUGACCAAGUUCUUGUUACGAUGAGUGACUUUACAAGGGCCUUACAAAAAAUCAAACCAUCUGUCAGUGAUAAAGACAGAUUGAAGUAUGAUAAAUUGAAUAAAAAAAUGGGUUGGAAUGAUGAUGUUGAAUUAAAAGUUGACGUGUGA